UAAACUGGCAGCCCUAGCAGCGUUUUAUCUGUGUUUCAAAUAUAGAAAAAAUAGAACGGCAAUGUAUACCAGUUUUAAAUUUGACAGUAGAACUGGUCGAAAAAAUAAAACUAAAACGGAUUGCUGGGGAUACGUUUGUUUCAGUUUCAUUUACAUUAUAGACCACCCAUAUGAAUCUUGCAGCUGCUGAAUUUGCUCUUAAAAACGGUGAUAGUGAACACCUUUACUAAUACAUCGUGUUGUGGGACUCCAUCACCAUCAGUCAGAUGUAAUAUGAAGUGGGAAAUUUUCGCGUCGUCUGCUGCAUGUCAUAGAGCGUGUAUUUCGGGGAAAGUUUUGCAUAAAGUGUUAUUUUUUUCGCAAAGAUCAUUCGCAUAGCUAUUGUGUAUGCCUUAUAAUGGGUAACAGUUAUAAAUUCCGUAAACGGAACUAGAAGUUGUGGAACAUUGUGCAAGCAAAACAAAACGCUUUCAAAUUAAACAAAAAUCGACUGGGUGAGCUGAACCUCUGAACGAAAAGUGCGUGUUCCAAUAGAGUCUGUAUGUGUCGUAUUCUGCUUUCACCUAAGAAUCUGUUAUACUCUGCGUUUUUGUAUCGCGGAUUCUUCGAACAAAAUUUUCUUUUAAUAACUUCAGCAGUAUCGUAGGGUAUCCGUUAUGUCGAUGUCAUCGUUUGUUUGCCGCAUCAAGCAGUAUUUGCAAGGUCGUAAACGUAAAAGUUGACCGGCAAAUAUCUUCAAUUAAGAAUUUCCUUUUGAUUUUUUUACCUCUAGCAGUGACGAGCCAUCCGAAGGAUCCACAAAUUUUGCAAAAUAUCGUCGCGUAGCGGAUGAGUUACCCAUACUUAUUUCGACCCCACUUAGUAAUGAUUUCCAUUCGAAAUCGGAGUCUAUCAAGGAUCGAAUAAAGAACACGCAAUAUAUUCGCAAAACAAUGUCGGAAUCAGAAAAAAGUAGCCGACAGAGUGCGUAUUUUGGGGCGGCUACAGGUAAAACACGUCUAGAAUUUGCGGACAUUGAAUUCUCGGAUGACGAAGAUGAGUUGGAUUGGAUUAAUCGGCAGCAAAAUAAUUACCAAGGUGGCGCAAAUAUUGUUGCAAACAUGCGUCGUCCUCCUCCACUGGCCAAACUCAAACCUCUGACCGCCCCAAUACCAUCACUUUUCCCUAUUAGGACUCACAUGGUUAAUGGAAAUACUAGUGAUAACCAACGGCAGGAGAUUUUCAAAAAACCCUUCUCCUUUAAAAAUAAACCUUCGCUGCAUCAACAGACGAAACACAACUCGAUUGUGGCUCAGACCUAUAAUUUAGACGAAAUGAACAACUACCGUGCGCUUUUAAAGCGUUUGUUACCGAAUCUGUACUCACCAGAAGAACCGAAUAAAAGUGCUGCUACCAGCACACGGAAAAAUUCUCUACUCAUAGCUGAUGACUUCAAUGUAUCUUCGUCCACAGUACUAAAUACAAGUCACGGAGAUGGUCUACUUCAGCAUCAGAGAAUUAUUCCGUCUUCCAGUAUGAUACGUUCAAUCCCGGUGAUUGAUCUCUCACUGGAAGAAUGUGAUUUGGAAGGAAAAAAGAAGCGCACAAGUCUAUUCACUACUAUUGAUGCGUCACAGUACGAUAUAGCAAAUGAAGAAACCACAAUCAAUGAAUUCGUUUGGAGAACUUUUAAAGUCAUAACAAAUACUGCGCGCAAAAUAGUUGAAACACCAACUGUCGAUGCUGUUAAUACCCUACGUGAGAAGCUUCAAACUAACAGUAAGUUUCGAGAUGACAUCGUAGAAAACGUUCAGCGAAAGUAUAAUGACAAUUCUAAUCAAAGGAAAAGCCUAAUCGCACAAGAACGUGAAAACAUUCUUAAUGAAAUAGAAGAUAUUGGUCAACAUUAUCACAGUAAACACUUUCCUCCUGAUUUUAGUUUGAAGGAGCUGAAGAAAAGCACUCAGCAGUAUGAAGGUACGUUUGAGCGUAAGUUGGGAGAUUUUAUGCUUAAAUUCGAUACGAUUGUACUGGAUGAAGAAGAGCCGGAAGAAGAAGAUAGUUAUCCUGAAUUGACUGAUGAGCAUCAGAGCGCAAUUAAACUAACCUUGUAUGGUGGCCCCAGUUCAGAGGUAAUCAUUAGCAAAUUCAAUAUCAGCAUAACCCGUAAUGAUUUGGCUACACUCAUUGGCGACAACUGGCUUAACGAUGAAGUUAUCAACUUCUAUAUGAAUCUUUUGAUCGAACGAAGCGAGUCGCGUGCUAAUGAGGGCUUACCGCGUGUGUACGCCAUGAAUACAUUUUUCAUACCGAAACUUCUUGCAUCCGGUCAUGCUGGACUGAAACGAUGGACCCGAAAAGUGGAUAUCUUCACGUAUGACAUCAUUCCGGUUCCGGUGCAUGUUGGUCGCGUACAUUGGUGUAUGGCAAUAAUUGAUUUAAAGAAUCAAUCCAUACGCUAUUACGAUUCGAUGGGCACUCCAAACAAACCGGUAUUAGAUGCAUUAGAACAGUACCUCAAAGAUGAAUCAUUGGAUAAACGAAAGAAACCGUUCAACACCAGUGGUUUCACAAAGGAACAUAUGCGAGAAUGUCCUCGGCAAAUGAACGGAAGCGAUUGCGGUGUGUUCAGUUGUAUGUUCGCAGAACACGAGUCUAGAGAUCGUGAAAUUGGUUUCAGCCAACAGCAUAUGCCGUAUUUCCGACAAAAAAUGAUUUACGAAAUAGCACAGGGACGUUUACUUACAUAAUACUAAUGAAGGAAUUGGUUAUGUCUCUUUAAAAAUAUCAGAAAUACAUUUUCCAAUUUAUAAUUGAUGAU